GGCAUUUUCACAGCAGGGCUGACUGCUCGUACACAGUGGAAGCGGCUGAGUCGCGCAUCUCGGAGAUAUGUACAUGAACAGCCCGAUCCCAGUCAAUUUCCCCUGGAAUAUCUGAGUGCUUUCCUAGUGAAUUAAAGGUCAUGGGGAAUUCAUAUACAGGACACCUUCAGAGCACACGGUUUGAGGAGGUGCUGCACAACUCCAUAGAGGCGUCACUGCGAUCCAACACAGUAGUGCCUAGACCUGUGUUUUCUCAGCUGUACCUGGAAGCAGAGCAAAGGCCUUUUUCUCAUGAUGGUCGAGGAGAUGAGGAUGACGAUGAAGAGGAUGGCUCAGAUUCAAACAGCCCUCCAAUUCCAUAUCAAAUGAAGCCUCCACCAGAGGGAUCCUGUACUACAGAUGGGUUCUGUCAGGCAGGCAAAGACCUUCGGCUCUCGUCCAUGGCCACCGAGUCUUUGGAAGUCCCUCCUGGGUUUUUACUUGUCGGAGCGAAAUCUCCCAGUGUGCCUGAUCACAUUCUGGUGUGUGCGGUGGACCUGCGUUUUCUCCCCGAUGAAUGUGGACGUAAUGCACUUUUAGGUUUCUCAGGGAACUGCAUGGGCUGCGGAGAGAAGGGCUUCCGCUACUUCACUGAGUUUGCCAAUCACAUCAACCUGAAGCUCACCACACAGCCUAAGAAGCAGAAGCACUUAAAGUACCACCUGCUCAGAAAUGCGCAGGGCAUUCUGGUCAAGGGACCACCAAUCUGCUGGAAGGGAAUAGACAGCCGAAUGAGACAUGCAGUCUGUAAUGCAGCUGCUGGAGCAGAGGAACAAUCAGGACAUGGACCCACUGACCUGCUUCCCAGUUCAGGGCACACAGCCUUGAACACUAUUAACCAUGCAGAUCUGAACACCCAACUCCAUUUAUCUGAGGGUUCCCCUCCAUUAACCAAUGGCAGUCAUGUUCCUGUACCCCAGCAGCCUCCGGCUCAGCCUGGAAUAGUGGCUAAUGGUCCUGGAAGGCCCACAGGAAUAGGCUCCAUGGCAAAUUCUGGGCCUCCCAAGAAGAGGCACAAGGGAUGGUCCCCAGAAUCCUCUGCUUCUACAGAAGUCGCCCCCAAACCUGCUCCCAACAGCACGACUAAUGGCACUAAAUCAGCGGACACCGGGACAUCUGGGUGUUUGUCUAUGGGGUCCUCGCCACCAAUUGCCCCUGGGGAGUCUGUCACAGUGCCUGAUCACCUGCUCCAAACUUGUGGACUACGACCGGUUAUUUUUAAAGGGCACGGGACACUGCCACAUUUGUGUGGGAACCUCGGGGAUGUGCUGGUGAGUGGCCUGCUGCAGAAAUGCUAUCGCAGUUCCCAGAAUCUCCCACGAGUCUACGAGCAGUACGGCACCGCUCCCAUUCAGCCCAUCUCCACUGAGAUGCUCAUCCUGCUGACUGUCUACUAUCUAGUGCAGCUUGCACCUGACCAGGCUCCUCUGAUGGAAGACUUGGAGCAGAUCUUCAUGCGUUCCUGGCGUGAGUCACACCUGACGGAGAUCCGGCAGUAUCAGCAGACACAUGCACAGUUUCCACCUCCUCUCCCCUGCCUCGCACAGCCCCUCACUCCCUCUCAGCUCCCCUGGCUGGCCAAACUGGCCACCAGCUCAUGCGGGGAAGGAGUUCUGGUGCUGGAUACGGCGCCCUCUCUGGCUGAAGCGCUGGAGGAUACCUUCCACAGACUAGUAGAUGGCAGAUUGAGGCAGACCAAUUAUGUGGUGAUCAUCUGCAUGAACAGGAGCCAGGAAAUAGAGUCAUGUGUGGUUGUAACAGGGAAGCACCAGACUCGUGCUCUAGCUGAGAGUCUUCUCUCUCCCAGUGAUUGUGUGAGAGAGAUCGUCCAUGAGUUGUCUUCUGGGAUGGCAGUAGAGUUGGGAUCCUAUUUCAGUUCUUUGGGUCCAGAUGGAGAUGUGGAGGCCUUGCUGGAGAAAGCUAGUCCUGAGAACGUUGCCCAGUAUUCUGUCUUAGAACCAUCAGGAGACAGUCCUAAAGCCAAGUGUGCUGAAUACUCCAUAGAGUGGCACGAGAUUCGGCCCAUACAGCUUGCCGUGGCUCGGAAGCUGCUCUCGCAUGUUUGCGCCAUCGCCGAUUCCAGCACACAGAACCUGGACCUUGGUUCCUUCGACAAGGUUGAGUUCUUAAUCUGCGUUCCGCCUUCAGAGGUCACUUUUCAUCAAGUCGUUCUUCACCUGUGGAACUCAGGGGUGUUACGGGAAUUAGGACUGGACCAAGACUGCUUGUCGCAGAAGGAGGCUGAGCAGUAUGUAGUAAAGCUAAAUCAGAGUGCAGUGGGAAAAAUCAACAGCCUCAUUCAGAAAUCCAAGAUGAACCCCUACACGCUCUUCAUAUUAGUGCACGAUCACGCACACUGGGACAUCAGCAGUGGCCAGUGCAGUGGAGGAGACUCCAACUCGGGACUAGUGGACGGUCUGCUGAACUGCAGGCAGAUUCGAGAUGCUCCCAACAUCCUGACACUCCACGUGACUUCGUUCCCCUUCACCUUGCAGACUCAAUACACACGCAUCAGCCCUUACAAUGAAAUCCACUGGCCUUCUGGAUUCAGCAAUGAUGUAGAUCUUUAUCACGAGAAGACAAAGUACUUCGGUGUAUCUGAGCUGCUAGAGACGACCCGCUCUGGAAGUGGCCUUCCUUUGCUACGAUAUGACAGUUCAUUUGAGAGCAUGGCUGCUGCUCUGGAAGAGAGGUUCCCAAAACUACACAGUGCGGUGAUUCGCACCCAUGUGCUGAUCCAGCAUUACUCUUUGGCCUUGAUGGCAACAGCAGGCGGUCAGGCUUUACAGGCUCUGCAGAAGCACAUCUCAGUGGAAACGCUGGAGAUGGUGCAGUGCCUCCUCAACACAUCCCAGAGAUGUCCCAGCCGACAUGGUCACAUGCUGCUCCUGAGGAUCCCCUCACCGGCUCUGGCUGCCUUUGCUCAUCAGCGCCUCUGUCAUGUCCGCAACAGACUCGGCCUUCACAAGCAGUUUGAGAUCGUCCUGGGGGAUCCAUGCUCUGCUCUCAGUGUAGGAAAACACUUCUUGGACCAACUGAGGGUAUGGCUGAAGAUCUUGGACCCAGACUGGGCUCCUCGGACAUAUCUAGAGCUGGAGGCUUUACCCUGUAUCCUCAUCUUAACCGGCAUGGAUCCACUUGGAGAGUCUUUACCCAGAUCUCUGAAGUACUGUGACCUGCGUGUUAUCAGCUUCUGGUCUCUGCAGCGCACCACUCUCGAGCAGGAGCUGGGAUUGGCCGCAUACCUGCUGAAGACAAAACAAGAUGGCCAGCAUGAACCGCACACACGCUGUGACCUGUCUGAGAGUGACCCUGAAAAACUCAGCAGCACUGACAACGAAGACGAGGAGGUUGUAGUGGAUGUAAACAACGAUCUACCUAGACUGGGUAACCAGGCCUCCCCAGCUGGCUCUCAGCACCCUCAGUCUGACCGAACUCCUGUGGAUCCAGAAAAGCAGCCCAACCAGAGGCGGCAGUCCAAAUCCACCUCAUCUGGCUCUUCGUCCACAAGGGCCUCUCCUCUACGACAGAGCUGCUCCUGGGCCCGUAAUCUCAGCCGUCCACCUGUGGUGCUGCUCCCUAAAGCCGUCUACGACCUCAUCACCACAUUGGAUUCCAGUGGCCUGCCCAAGUCGACUUCCUUCCUCCCACACUCUUCGGUAGAAUGGGUCAGCUCCUUUAGACCCCUCCUCAGCAAGAUGAUGACCUGCACCGAGCAGUCGCUGUACUAUCGCCAAUGGACGGUCCCCAAACCUCACCACAUGGACAGCAGUAACCGAGCUGAAGGACGGACUGAUAACUUCCACCCACGAAAGCUGCUGCUAAGUGGACCGCCACAGGUAGGGAAGACUGGGGCAUAUCUACAGUUUCUGGGUAUUCUCUCUCGCAUGCUGAUUAGACUGAUGGAAGUGGACAUCUACGAUGAGGAGGACAUCAACUGCAAUUGCGGAAAAGAUUUGGUGCGAUAUCAUCAGCCCGUUGCAUUGUGGCCCAAUACAGACACUGUGCGUGGGAUGCCCUUUGAUUACACCAUCCAUGAUCCUAAAUAUGAAGACAUUAGCACUGUCUACUCACCAGACUUCACUCCGAAUUCACAUGAUGGAAACUCCAGAAGGCAGGAAGAUGUGUAUCUACGCAGGCGAACGGCACGGAUCAAACUUUCUAAAUAUGCAGCUUACAACACAUACCAUCAUUGUGAACAGUGUCACCAGUACAUGGGUUUCAAUCCGCAGUAUCAGAUGUACGAGUCCACCCUGCAUGCUUUUACCUUCUCUCACCUUCUACUGGGAGAGGAAAUCCAGCUCUACUUCAUCAUUCCCAAAUCCAAAGAACAUCACUUCUCCUUCAGCCAAUCAGGAGGCCAGUUGGAGAGCAUGAGACUCCCCCUCACUUCCGAUUGGAAUCCUGAUGCCAUCAAAAGUCCAAUAUUCAUGCCCACCACCGGUCGCCAUGAGCACGGCUUGUUUAAUCUGUAUCAUGCCAUGGAAGGAGCCGCCCACCUGCACAUUCUAGUGAUUAAAGAGUACGAGAUGGCCGUCUACAAGAAAUACUGGCCUAACCAUAUCAUGCUUGUCCUACCCACCAUCUUCAAUGGAGCUGGAAUAGGAGCAGCUCAUUUUCUGAUUAAAGAGCUGUCUUAUCAUAACCUGGAGUUAGAGCGGAGCCGGAGAGUGGAGCAUGGCAGUCGGCCACAAGACGUCUGGCCCUUCAUCAUCCUCGCAGAUGAUUCUUGUGUGAUGUGGAACAGUGUUGAUGUUGAUCCGAAAAGUGGUACCACAGGGACAGAAAGAAAUGUGUCCUUGAAACAGGUUCUUCAGCACAUGGAGUCUUCUCCAGAUAUUACUCAAUAUGGGUUAUGUGGGAUGAGGAAGUGGUCCAGUCGUGGAGGUGGGGCGGGACGGCAAAAAGAGCCUUUCUCGCGUGGACACCUCCAUGACUUCCUGCUACUUAAUGUGGACCUUACACAGAAUGUGCAGUACAACCAAAACCGUUUCACAUGUGAUGAUGUGGACUUCAACCUGCGUGCCCACAGUGCGGGCCUCCUCAUCUGCAGAUUUAACAACUUCAGCGUGAUGAAGAAGCAGAUCGCCAUUGGUGGAUACGGAACCUUCAUCAUCAAGACUAAGAUGACCGAUGUCCCCACGACAAUCCAGCCAUCUCAGUACAUUUGUGCUCCGGACAGCAAGCAUCUGUUCCUGGCCACACCAGCUCAGCUACUGCUGGAGAAAUACCUCCAGCACACCAGCCAUCGCCUCUUCCCCCUCAGCGCCCAAAACUACAGCCACCCAGUCCUCUCUGUCGACUGCUACCUGAAUCUCGGCCCAGAGGUGACUGUUUGUUUUGUCAGCUCCAGACCUCACUCCAUUAACUUCAGCACUACUGGUCUGCUCUUCAGUGGCCUCCUCUUAUACUUCUGUGAUUCCUUCGUGACUCCUGGAUUCCUUAAAAAGUUCCAUUUCCUGAAAGGUGCGACUCUGUGUGUGAUCUGUCCUAACCGGAGCUCACUACGUCAGACUGUAGUUCGGCUGGAACUGGAGGACGAGUGGCGGUUUCGUCUUAGCGAUGAGUUUCAAACCGCCAACGCUAAAGAGGACCAGCCUCUCUUUUUCCUUACAGGAAAACACAUAUGACUCUCAAAGCCUGUCAAAGACUGAGUCACUUUGGUCUUAUCAACUGUCCUGCCUGUAUAUAACAUUAGCUCUGUAUAUAAUGCACAGGAUGUGCUGUAAAUUUACUGCUUGUUUGCUGUUGUUGUUUUUUCUCUUUUUAAGAUCAUACAGAAUAUUACACUGCAUAUAGAUGCACCCUCAAAACAGGAUUUACUCACAUUUUUAUCAUUGUUUAAAAUGUAUUUAUUUACAGUGACCUUUCUCUGUUUUUAACUUUCUGUGUAUUAUUGUUUGGUGUUUUAAAUGUUUUCUCUGUCACAGCCGGGUCUUUUAACGUCAGCUUAAUGCACAGUUAUGAAGUGUUAAAAGAGCAGAUUGAAGUAUUUUGUAGAAAAGAGUAUUUUUGUAGCUGUGUUUGGCGUGUUCUGUGAUGAGUGGAUGGGGAGUAAUGUCAUUAAAGUACUUAAUUAAAGUAUGUCAUACAUUUCAAAUCUCUAAAGCCUUCGUUCAUAAAUGCCUUCCUGUUCCAAAUGCUUUUAUCGCUGUACCACUGUGUGAACACUAGAGGGCAGAACAAUCACAUUUUUACUGCCUGAAAGGAAAGUUUACAUCUCUUCAACAAUAAAAACAUGUGUUAACCAUUUAUUUUAUUAAAUAAAACCUCUUGGUUUCAGUCUAUAAAGACGCAUUUGAAAAUUAACUGUUAGUUUCAAGGCUGUAAAGAAAUAAAG